CUCGUAAUUCAUCUACACUAUGGACAGCGCACCGACUCCUUUUCACAUUGGUUCCAGUGAAUCUUCUGGAAAUCUAUCUGAUAACAGUUCUUAUUCAGAAAAAUUCAUCGGAGAACCAGCUGAGUAUGAUCCUCAGCUCACUCCGGAAAGGGUCAGACUUAACGGAUAUGAUUCCAGCGAGACUUUUAGCGACAUGUUGGAAGACGUGGCUGUCAAUUACCGGACGCAUCACAGUACUCAGCCAAGACCUGUAUCACCUGUGAUUCACGUGACUAGGAGGUCUUCAACUGCAUCGCAAUCAGAUUCAGACAAGUAUGGGACUUUAGAUGACACAGAUAUGUCGGUAAACUCACUCACAAGUGUCAACUCAAUAUCGAGUCUGUUGAGGGAAAAACUUUUGAUGAAUAUACAAAAAAUGUCAAAAAACAAAGAAGUACAAGCUGACUACAAGCUGAGGGCGUUUAUUAUAUUUCUGUUCGUGGUGAUAGUCUGCGUUUUGAAAUUCGCUCACGUCUAUUACGACCGUCACGUGCUGCAGAAAGCAUAUUUCAAGUACACGAGAUUCAACAAGGACGACCGUUUCUUGCGAUUGUUCGGUGUCGACGGGCACGAGAUAGCUUUCGGUUACCUCGGCGUGGAUCUGGCGGAGAGGGAAAAGGCUUUCGAUUGCUUGGCAGGUCACCGUACACCUCCAAACGCACAGUGUUUCGAAUGGAUGCAAAAGGCCAGAUUGUAUCUGUCCCACGAGGAAAGACCGGAGGGUCUGAACUGCUACACGGUGGAGUGGUUCAGCCUGACGGAUAAAUACAACCCCAUAGACUGUUACGAGGACGGCGAACAAUACGGCCAUUGGUACGGGGGCGGUAGAACGUUGGGCAUGGCUUGGCCGGUCCAGUUGGGGAGGGUGGAAAUGUCGCCUUUCAUCACCGGACACGUUGGCAGACACCGAUGGGGCAGUGUGCUCGGGCGGUACUUUAUCAAUUCAAAAGGAGUGGCGAUCACGGUGCACUCCAACACGCCACUGCACGUGUCCAUAAACGCCGGUCGCGACAACAGGCUGUGCAUAAAGGCGAGCCACGACGACUUCGCCUACCGCCGAACGGCCGACCUCCCUGUCUUGAACUACACGAUAUGUUCGGCGCGAAAUAUGAAGACACUGCACACGGCACUCUCCGAGAAAAUGCUGUGGGACGGACUGAAAGCAUCGGACACCGAAAUCAUAAACUCACUGCUGACGGAACCCGUUUGGCAACUAGCGCCGCCCAGAAAAGAAUUGCUCAAUGAGUCCACAAUGGUCAACUACACCGAGGACAUCAUAACGUUGGGUUUCAUAAAACAAGGACACGUUUUGUUGAACGAAUUCUGGCAAGCGGAAAUGGGUGAUUUUUCGUUGGACCAAAAGAGAUUUCCUACUAUGAAAGAGACGAUCAACAUAAUCCACAGGAGAGGUUUUCGCAUUGUGGUCACCAUACAACCAUUUAUCAGCACCGAGUCGAGAAAUUUUGCAAAGGCCGUCAAAGAGGGUAUUCUCGUCAGGCAAAUUGGAAAUGAACGUGACGUGCCAGCCCUAACCAGAUACAAAACUGUGCAAAGUGCUGGCAUGUUGGACAUCACCAACAAAAACUGCGGACCAUGGUUACAGCAACAGUUAAAAGAUCUUGUGGAAAAAUAUCAAUUUGAUGCUUUCUACUUAGAUAUGGGCUCCGCUUACGACCUACCCCGUCACUAUUUGUUUGCUGAGAACCUAACAAAUCCGGACUACUAUAAAUCACUCUUUACGCAGACCGUUUCGGACAGCGUAAACGUGUUCGGCGUAUCUUCAGCAAUCAGUCGUCCGCCUGCUCCAAUUUUUGUGUCGUUACUAUCAUUGGCCUCGACUUGGGAUUCGCUUCAAAUUAUUAUACCGACUAUGCUCACAUACGGAAUAGUAGGGUAUCCGUUCCUGCUACCUGGCCCUGUUGGCGGUGACUUUCAAGUUGGAAACGUUUCGUUGCACGCCCUGAUUCCACCAGACAAUCCAUCAAUAGAACUAUUGGAGACACAAACGCUAAAAGAAUGCAAACAACGCGGACAAAACUAUAACGAGAGCCGAGAACUGGUUAUGAGAUGGAUGCAGUUGGCGACGUUUCUGCCAGUAAUUAGGUAUGCAAGGCUACCGAGCGAUUGUGAUCCACAAGUACUCCAAUUAACGAAAAACUUAACUUCACUUCGACAACAAACGAUCAAUCCAUUGUUGAAACGUUAUGUCCAAGAAGCGCUGGAAACUGCGGUACCGUUGAUACGACCGCUGUGGAUGCUGGACCCGUCAGACACGACGUGCUACAUUGUGAAAGACGAGUUUUCCAUAGGCGAAGAAGUUAUCGUAGCGCCCAUACUACGACCGGGAGCCACCGAGCGCGAGGUUUACUUGCCGGCCGGUGUGUGGCAGGACGGGAUCGAAGGUAGCUUAAGAAAAGGGUCCAGAUGGAUACACAACUACAAAAUACCAUUGGACAAAAUCGCGUAUUUCGUGAAGAUGCCGAACAAUACUAGAUUUUAAUUAAAUAUAAUUAAUACUACUAUGAUAUUAUUGUUAGUUGAAAUAUAUUAUAAGUUUUUAGUUAUAAAAUUAAUGUUAGGAUAGUUGAAUCAAGUGGAUUUAAUUAGAGAUUUGGGCAUUAUCUUUUCCUGUAAUUUAUCUUUCUUAUUUAAUACUAAUUUAAUGAUUAGUAAAACAUUUAAAAAUGUUCUAUUGCUCGCUUGUUAGGUGUAACUUGGAGUUUUUAUCAAUGAUAAAGGCGCAAAAUUUGACUAAUAAACUAGUUGACAAUAUCCAGUGUAAGUAUAUUCCUAAAGUCAAUUGCUUUCCGUUUAAAUUUGACUAUUUUCAGUCAUAAGUAGCAGACUCUAUAUAUUCAGCCAUUUUGGGUUAAACAUAAUUUAUCUGAAGUUUUAUUUACUUAUUAUCUUCUUAGUAACAUUAUUGAAUAUUCUGAUUUAUUAAGUAACUUUUGUAUUUGUUUCGGUUAAAAAAUAAAAUUUAUUUUAAUACUUUAAAAAUAAUUCUAGGUACUGAUUCUUUAUUCCUGAGAAUUCUUCUGCUAUGUAAUCAAAUAUGUAAUGACAUCUACAUCUUGUUUA